AUGAUGGACGACCAGUUUGGCGGCCGCACCGAUGACGAUCUGUUCUUUGACGACGACUUCGAACCAGUCGAUGGCGUAGCCACCAUUGUACACCAAGACGUGCCCGUCGAGAUAUCUUCGCGCUACAUUACACAUUCCGACUUGGUACCCCAUCCCGCAGAUAUCGAGUCCGCCCUGGCGCCUCUAGCCGCCGCCGCGGCAGCAGCAACCAAAAAAAAAGCGCGCCGACGUCGCAAGGACAAGUCCCCCAAGCAGCCUCCGCCUCCGCCGCCGCCGCGGGGCGGUCUCGCCCAGUCCAGAUUCGCAGACAAGCCGACAGAAAAGCCGCCGCAGGUCCAACAACCACAGUCACGCUCAGAACCGCCAUCACCCAACCCGACCCCGGCGACCGCGAGCCACGACCAGACGAGCGGCGACGUCAGCUCCAGCACCCCCGCAGCGAACCCCCCCACCGCCACCGGCGCCCACAGAGAACGGCGAAACAAUAAUGGCAGGAACCAGGGAAAACCAGCCGAGUCGCCGUCCGCCACCGUCGCCGCCUCCACCGAUGCGCGUGCGCAGUCUGGUGCGAACCCGCGCCAGAAGCUGACCGAAGAGGAGCUGACGGCCAAGCUGGAGAAGAUGAAGGUGCUGUCCGCCGAGAAGGCGCGCAAGUUCGAGAAGGCGGAGAAGGACGAGAAGCAGCACGCCGAGGCGUACGCGCGCGGCAUGGAGGAGGCGCGCCGCCAGCGCGCCGAGAACGCCGAGCGCCGGCGGCAGAACGAGGAACAGCGCCGCCGUCUCGAGGAGGAGCGCACAAAGAACCGCGAGCGCAAACUCAAAGCCAUUAACAUGAACAAGGGUGGCGGCGGCUGGGACGAGGGCAAGGAGGCCAUCCUGGCCGAGGAGGAGGCGUCCCGGCGGCGGCCACCAGCGCGGGGUGUCAACGGCGGCGUUCGGGGAACGAAGGGGGGCUCGGGCCUGCGCAGUAGUCGCUUCGCCGCACGCGACUCGAGCGAGGGUGAGAAGGUGGGCACGCCGGAUCGCACGACGGAUACCGAAAAGUCGCUCGAUGAACAACGGCCGCGUCGCGGUGGGGGGCGCGGCCGCGGCGGUAACCGCGGCGGUGGACGGGCAGCACAAGGAGGAGGUCGAGGUGGCGGCCGCGCUUCCGUCGGCAACGAAAACGGUCCUUCUACGUCCUCAGCAGCCGCUACACCUACCCGGGAUGACUUCCCGUCACUGCCAGCCAAGCCACCGACAUCUCAGGAAGAACAACAGCCCGCGAAUGCUGCUGCUACUGCCCCGCCGUCGAAACCGGCUGUCCUCGCGCCGUUGCCUAGGUUCGCACCGGCGAUUGGCAAAUGGGACGACGAGAUGGAGUUUAUGGAGGAGCAAAACGCCAUUGCGUCCAAGAAAUAA